AUGGAGUCACACACCUAUGUUCUCAUGUCCCUGCUUGUCUUGGUGUCUGGUGAAAAAUUUCAAAGUGUAUGUGCAGAUAUUGUGAUGACCCAGUCUCCAUCCUCACUGGUUGUGUCAGCAGGAGAGAAGGUCACCAUCAGCUGCAGGUCCAGUCAGAGUCUUUUAAACAUUGGCACCCAGAAGAACUACUUGAACUGGUACCAGCAGAAACCAGGGCAGUCUCCUAAAUUGCUGAUCUACUAUGCAUACACUCGGGACACUGGGGUCCCUGAUCGUUUCAUAGGAAGUGGAUCUGGGACAGAUUUCACUCUCACCAUCAACAGUGUCCAGGCUGAAGACCUGGCAGUUUAUUACUGUCAGCAGGAUUUCCUCUAUUACACAGUGCUCCAGCCCCCAACACAAACCUCCUUUGAGAAUUCUACUGCGGACAUUGUUUUGACCCAGUCUCCAGGUUUGCUGCCUGUGCCUCUAGGGCAAAGAGCCACCAUCUCCUGUAGGGCCAGACAGAGUGUCACUGCAGAGAGUUUUCAUCUUAUGCACUGGUACCAACAGAAACCAGGAGAGUCUCCCAAACUCCUUAUCUAUGAAGCAUCCAACCUAGAAUCUGGGGUGCCUGACAGGUUCAGUGGCAGUGGGUCUGGAACAGACUUCACCCUCACCAUCAGUCCUGUGGAGGCUGAUGAUGUUGCAACCUAUUACUGUCAGCAGAGUUAUGACCUACCUCCCACAGUGCUUCAGAGUUGA